GGCUGGGCUUACCAGUCUGAACUGUCUUCUCGUGCCUUUGAAUGUGAGGCAGAAAGUGAGGAGAGGGCUGGACUCAAGAGGAGGUAGAUGCCAUUUGUGAAGAUGGAAGUUAGAGCUGCCAUCCCUUAAUCUUUGGGGUUUUUUUGGAAGAGGUGAAGAAUUCACCAGAGAAGGAAAGGAACCAGAAAGGAGCUGAAGUCAUGGGAGCUGAAGAAGAAGUGCUUGUCACUCUGACUGGAGGGGCCCCCUGGGGCUUCCGCCUACAGGGGGGCUCUGAGCAGAAAAGACCCCUUCAGGUGUCAAAGAUCCGGAAGAGGAGCAAAGCGUGUCGGGGGGGCCUGUGGGAGAAUGAUGAACUGGUGUCCAUCAAUGGGAAGCCCUGCACUGGCCUCUCCCAUGCCAGCGCCAUGCAGAUCAUUGACUCCUCCAAUGGCACCUUGCACAUCUGCGUGAAAAGGGCAACUGGUGGAGACCAGGCUGCCGCACGACUCCUGCGCUCCCCUUCCCCUGGAAAGCCACGGGUGCUCUCCCCUACCUCCCCAGUCAGCCCCACGCCCCAGCUGCUCAGUCCAGAGCCAGCAGGUGCCCCAACCACCACACCACAUGAGCAGCAGCGGAUGAGGCUACAGCAGCUGGAGAGCAUGACUUCGCCCCCAGACAGCGAGGCAUACUAUGGUGAGACAGAUAGCGAUGCUGACAACAUUGCUCAGGAGAAACAACGGCGGGCCCGAAAAAAGACCCCUCGCUCCCCACCAGGGGGCUCCAACAACAAGGUGGAUGCACCACAGGAUGAGGUUUCCCUCUCUGAGCAGAGCGGCUAUGACAGCACCCCUGAGGCUGCGGUGCAGGAGGGUGAAGGAACUGAGAAUGUGAGUGGGGUGGCCAAGAGAGAGAUCGUGUACCAGCCUGGCAGCCGCACAGAGACCCCCUUCUCGGAGAGUGAGGUGCUGCUGCAGCUGCCUACGCCAGAGGGAAAGGAAGCAUACUCAGAGGCCAUGCUCCUGCCCCAUGCCACCAAGACCAUCCGAGCUGAGCGCCAUCUCAUCCCCAUGGUGGGGCCAGUGGAACACCCAGUAGAUGAAGAUCUAACCACCACCUAUGUUGAGAAAGCCAAACAAGCCAAGCUCCACCGCCAUGAGAGCAUGCAAGAGAAGACCGUGAAAGAAGCCAAAACCAAAUGCAGAACCAUUGCGUCCCUGCUGACGGAUGCACCCAACCCCCACUCCAAGGGAGUGUUGAUGUUCAAGAAGCGCAGGCAGAGGGCUAAGAAAUACACCCUGGUCAGCUUCGGGAGUGUGGAUGAAGACCGGUGCUAUGAGGAGGAGGACGGUGUCUUCCCAACCAGUGAGUCGGAGUUUGACGAGGAAGGCUUCUCAGAUGCCCGAAGCCUAACCAAUCACUCAGACUGGGACAACACCUAUCUGGAUAUUGAAAAACCCAAAUCAGAGUCUGAGCAACAGGAGCAGGCACAGAAAGGCCUGAGCGAAGCCUCAGGCAAAGGGGCCCGGUUAUUUGAGCAGCAGAGACAGAAGGCUGGUAAGUACACUGUAGAGCAUGUCCCAGUCCAGAAACCAGAGAGCCACCAGCCCCCCCCAGCUGCCCAGUCACUGCAGAGGAUAGUGAAUGGAGAUGCACCACAGAUGGCUGAGAAGGUCCCAUUGAGCAUCCACAUGGAAGCAAUGCAGGUGCCCAGCAAGCAGCCACUCUCUACCCCGGCUGAGUUCCAGCCUCCUCCUCCAGCUGCUGUUGGAGGAGAAGGUGCCCAGCCCUCUCCAAGCUCAACAGGCAUCUUCAAUAGAUCUGCACGGCCCUUCACCCCUGGCUUUUUAGGGCAGUGCCCUAUGACUUCCUCUGUCAUCUUCAGGCCUUCUGCCCCCAGAAAAAGUAGAGACAGUCUGGGUGGACAGAGAUCAGCAGCUCCACCUUUCUCACCUGCAUCACCAGGAGCUGCCCUCGCUGCUCCAGUGUCCCACAGUGGUCCGGUGAGCUCCUUGACAUCUCUGUAUAUUCCAGCACCAAGCAGGCCCACCACGCUGCUGGGACCACAGCAAGCGGGAGGAAAUGUUCCUGAGACUAAGCCACCCACAAAUGCAGCCAGGACCUCCAGUGCUUCCAUAUUUCUCUCCACUCCCUCCAAGCCAGCAGGGGAUACAACAGCUACAACCCCCCAGCCACAACCACAUGACACAGCUUCUUCCUCCUUAUAUAUCAGCCCUACAGCACUGCAGCCCAGCAUGCCAAGUAGCUCUUCCCUACCAAGGCAGCCAUACCCUACUGCCUCACCAGCUAUUCCACGGCCUGCUUCAGAGCCCCUAACAUUCAGGGAGCAGAGGGUUGCCACACCAGCUCCCCGCACAGGCAUCCUGCAGGAGGCUCGCCGGCGGGGCAACAAGAAGCCCAUGUUCAGCAGUGUAGAGGAGAAGAAGAAUUCGCCCAACCCUGAGCUUCUGUCUCUGGUGCAGAACCUGGAUGAGAAACCCAAAGGUGAUGCCCCUGGGGCUGGCUUCGAGUCAGGGCCUGAGGAGGACUUUCUCAGUCUGGGCGCUGAGGCCUGCAACUUCAUGCAACCCACAGGGCGCAAGUUUAAGACCACUCCUCCAGUGGCUCCAAAACCUCACCAGCAAGGUGCCAGGCUGGUAAAUGGGGCCCACGAUAUGCUGCAGCUGAAGGGCAAGGGUGCAGAGCUUUUUGCCAAGCGACAGAGUCGCAUGGACAAGUUUGUGGUGGAGACAGCAAAGCCAGAGUCCAAGCCCCGGACCCCCUCCCCUACCCCUUCUCUACCCUCAUCCUGGAAGUAUUCACCCAACAUCCGUGCCCCACCCCCAAUAGCUUACAACCCAAUGCAUUCACCCUUCUAUCCCCUGGCAGCCAGCAAGUCUCAGGCUAGCAAAGCAGAGAGCAAAGUGAAAAAAGUGCCCAGCCAGAAAUCAGGGAUCAAAGCCAUUGAUUUCAUGCGUCACCAGCCCUACCAGUUAAAGUCAGCCAUGUUCUGUUUCGGGGAGCCCACAAGCCCUGGUACACAGAAUACCCCAAGCCAGCCAGCCCAGCAGCCCAGCUUGUCUUUCACCCCAGCCCAACAGGCACCAGUGCAAACAGGCAGAACCUAUGAGAUCCGGCGGUUCUCCACACCCGCUCCCAUACCAACUUCAGGGAGCCUGGCUCCCACAGUGCUCGCUCCCCGGUCUGCCACCACGUUGGAUGAGCCAGUGUGGAGGACAGAAACAACUUCCUCUGCACCCUCCACCCCAGCACCCUUCCAGGCCACCUUCAGCCAGUCCUCGAAGCCAUACCAAAGUUUCCCAGAUCUCAGCCAGGUGGGCCAAGGGGCUUUCCCCAAGCUAGCCUCAUCCUCUGGGUUCCAGGUAGCGAGGCCCAAAUUCUCAGCAGCCAGAACAGGAAUGCAGCCAAAUGUGUGGAGGCCACGCUCAGAGCACCACUGAGACAGGGGCUCCAUCCCACCAGUGGACCCUGUCUGGUGCCUGGCAGAGAGAAUUAUCUUGUUUUUUCUUUAAAGUGACCUCAGUAAAUUGGGGCAUGUGAAGCAAAAUGAAGAAAAGAAAAAAAAA